AGUGAUCUUUCUGUCAGUGUCAGUAAGUGCGUGGCCUUUAGACAGUGCGAACGAUCACCAUGGCUUUUCGGCCCCUUUUGCUGCUGCUGGCCUGUGCCAGCGCCUUGGCCCAUCCGAUGCUCUACAAACUGAAUCCCGAAGAGAAAUAUGAGGCAGAUCUCGUGCCCGUCUCCUCCACCGUGAUUCCGCUGACUGUGCUGGAAGUAAGCUACGGAGCAGGUGGCAAGCCCAGCGAGGAGUACAAGGCGGCCUACCUCCGCAAGCUGCGCAAACAGGUUCUCCAGCGGGCGGACAAGGACAAGCAGAACGACGAGGACGACGAGGCGCCCACUGUGCUGGGCCUGUCCGACUCCCUGCUCUCCCCUGCUCCCAGCGAUGCGGACGCCCUGAUUACCGUGAAAUCGCAGCUGGAGAAGGCCAAAGUCAAGGCUGUCUGAGCCACGCUCUGUCUUCAGUCUUCAAGCUGAUGUCAUGGCGUGUGUGGAAUAUACGACAACUAACCCAAUCGCAGCAAAUCUUGUUUUGGCUUCGGCCUAAUUGGGCGUGUGUGGGUGUGGACGUGAAGGAUGACGUGGCGUCACAUACAAUGUAAGAGUGGAAGAGCAAGUCAGGAAGCUGCUGGGAACGGAAGGAUGUAUGUUGUCAACGAAAUCGAAUUAAACAUAAUGAGGCUCCUGCUAUUUGAUUGGGAAAACGACGAUGAUGGAAUAACCUCCGCAGCUGCUGGGGGACAUUAGCUUUGCCCGUGGUCAGGGGCUGAACAAACCAAAGAGCAGCAAAAAGAAGAAUGAGUUGGAAUGAUGCUUCAGUGGGGUUGCUUUUGAGGCCAGUAAGUCGAUGCCACCGCCCGCUGUGUGCCUUUGGCUUAUAGGAGUCAGGUGAGACUUUCCCGCUCGACUGUCUGUCCAAACGCAAGCAGACAGGACAUCGGACUGCUCUCUUUCUGGCUACUUUGCUGCUUUACUGCUAUCUUUGAGCCCCGUCCCGCUUUGUGCAGAGCCGGCAAUGUGGCUGUCAUGGACAAGUCACAAGUUGCACAAGUUGCCACUACCG